AUGACUAAUGACGAAUUGAAAAACCUCUUUCUUAUUGAGAUUGAGAAGAUACUCAAUAGCAAUGCGAAAUCUUUAAGAGACUAUCAAUCAAUGCCAUAUCCUGAGAUGUCUGAUUCUAGAGGAAAGAUUGUUUUAAAUGUCGCAUCCAGUGAAAUUGCGUCUUUACUCCUACCUGGUGGCAGAAUGGCUCAUUCUAGAUUUUCAAUAACCAUUACAAUCACGGAUGAAUCUACUUGCAACAUCAAGCAUGGCAGUUUGAAGGCUGAGCUGCUCAUCCAAAGUAGCUUAAUAAUUUGGGAUGAAGCUCCAGUUCUGAAACUGCAUACGAACAUGAGGCUUCUAAUGUCUUCUUUAGAUCAAGAUGAGGGUGAAAUGAAGAGAUUUGCUAAUUGGAUACUUGAUGUUGGAAAUGGAAAUAUUGGUUCUGUUGUUAGUGAUGAAUCAGAAAUUGAAAUUUCAGAUGAUCUAUUGAUUACAACUACUGAUGACCCUCUCUCUCAUUUGGUAGACUUUGCAUAUCCAAAUUUGUUACAAAACAUGUCAGAUUACAGCUUAUAG